AUGUCGAGCGCAGUGCAGAUAUUGACAGACUAUCGCAAGGAGGGUGUGAGGCGGUCGCAAGAAACAUACAAUUUGUCAAAGCAGAUCUACGGUACACGCCAUGAGCGUAGCUUGGGAGAUGAGAAGUGGGCCUUUUACGAGCAAUUUGCAAUCGCUGCACUGGAUGUCGGUGAUCACAAUUUGGCCGAGGAGCUGCUUUUACGUCUAGCUGAGAAGUUCCCACUGUCGCCUCGCGUGUCGGUAAUCGAAGGCAUGAUGUUGGAAGCCAAGCGUGAAUUCGGUCUGGCUGAACGUUUGUACAACAAUCUACUGGAAGAGGAUCCAACCAACGUCGCGAUACAAAAACGUAUGAUAGUGCUGACGAAGCUGCAAUACCCUAAGGACCUAUCUAAGGCGACGGAUAGGUUGACAACCUACUUGGACACAUUUUACUUGGAUCCUGAAGCCUGGAUGGAGCUGGCAGAUAUAUACACACAGCAGCAGAGCUAUCAAAGAGCGUUAUUCGCUAUUGAAGAGUGUCUGCUCAUGCAGCCUAUCAAUCCAUACUACAUACUGAAGUAUGCGGAAACUCAAUACACAUCGGGAGAUUUUCACGAAGCCUACAACUCGUAUUUACGUGUUGUCGAGCUUCAAGACAGCUUUCCUAGGGCUUGGCUAGGUCUCAAAAUGUGCUGCAGGAAGCUUCUCAAGUAUCCUCAUAACGAGCAGCCUGAACAUCUUUCUAGAGUUGAUGUGCUAGCUACAAAAAUGUCAUUAGACAUGUACACAUCUUCAUCCACUCAUAAAGUCGAUGAUGACACUCGUAAAGCUGUAUUAAAAUUCGUUGAGUAA